GGGUUUUUGUUAAGUCUGGGUUCCGACUUCGUUGGGACUUUGUCUCCCCCAUCACCGAAACCACUCGCAGGCCAAAUUUUAAACUAAAUGAAAACCUAGCCACCUUUGAGCCGGUAACUUUCACUUUUAUUCGUACCUCUAGCAAAAACUGUGUUUUGUUGAACUGAAAUUUUGAGCGAUUGGAGUUUGAACAUCAGAAGCGCCACAUAGUGACAAAGCCAAGAUUUGGAAAACCGCACGCCAAUGCACAUAGCAGUUGUGCAUGUACGCAUGUAAAGCGCACGUGUACUUUUUUUUUUGUUCAUUCCCGUAUCAAUCCAAGAUGGCGGAAGAACAGACCACAUUUGCUGCCGAAGAUGGAGCACAAUUUGAAUGUGGACAGGAGGAGGAACCGGAAGAUGAGAACCUGAGGAAGCUGUUCCUGGGCGGCCUGGACCGGUCCUCGACCAAGGACGACGUGGAGGAGCACUUCCGCUCACUGGGCCACUCGGUGGACGUCUCGGUGGCUACCGACAACAACAACAAGUCCAAGGGCUUCGGCUUCGUCACCAUGAGGACAGUAGCCGAGACAGACAAAGUGCUGCAUGACCACGAAGACAAUCCCACACACUUCAAGGGCAGGAAGAUAGAAGUCAGGCGCGCCAUUCCAAAAAAUAGCAACGUUUCCAAUGACUUGGUCAAGAAAGUAUUCGUCGCCGGCCUGAACAAGGGCGACAUCUCCGAAGACGACCUCAAGGACUACUUCAACACCAUCGCCAAGGUCAAAAGUGUGUCCAUCGUUAAGGACAAGAACACCAACCAGUCCAGGGGUUACGCUUUUGUCGAGUUGGAGUACUACUACAUGGUCGACAAAGCAGCGUUAAUGACGAACCACGUAAUCAACAACACCAAGAUAGAUGUGAACAAAGCCCACGCCGAUAAGAACCGUGGUGGGCGUGGCGGCUAUGGGGGCGGGCGAGGCGGUGGAGGAGGUGGUUACGGGCGUGGCAGGGGUGGCGGCUAUGGCGGUGGCGGCAGUGGCUACGGAGGUGGCGGCUACAGUGGGUGGGGUUACGGUGGCGGCCGAGACUGGGGAAACGGCUACAAUGACUAUGAUGGCUAUGGAGGUGGAUAUGAUAAUUACUCUAGCUAUGGCCCUCAGAGAGACUAUUACGGUGGCCAAAGCAGGGGGAGAGGAGGACGGGGAGGUCGCUACAGGCCCUACUAGGUCACGAUGCCAGCAUCAAACCUCAUGUCAAAGAAAGCACAGUGAGUAUUUUCAGAAACCGAUGUGCAUAUGCAGCGAGGUCCAGACCAAUCGAGUGUCGGCGUGAGCUGUCUUCUCUCUCGACAGUUUGACAAAAAAAAAAGGAUGUGAAUAUUCCGGUAAUUAAUGGUCAAAAGUAAGGACUGGUAAACUGUCCGGGACUCACAACCCAUUCAAUCCUGUUGACCAUUUUGGAAUUUUUCUCCUGAGUAGAAUUUUGUAUUUGUGAUUCUGAUAGACUUAAAGUGUGACAAAUUUCCUUUUGAAGCAGCAUCUCAAAUAACUGUACAAGUUGAUUAUUGUACUGCACGGGGGGCAGUUUACCAGUCUUGUUGUGUCUUUUGUAAACUCUGACGUACCCUUGAUUUUCUGUUCUCUUCUUAAGCAAGCAAAAAUAAACUUGUUCAGAUCUUUUUACAUUUGACAUCAUGUACAGACUUUUUUGGAAGGGGUGGAAGAUCGUUGGGAUUACCCCCCUGUCCAGAAGCUUUUAGUUGUGUUAGUGUGAUAGUGUGUGUAGUGUAUAGUGAAGAAGAAAAUUAAGGGAAAUAACUAGAGCCAACUGCAGGAUGAUUACGGCGUGUGAUGUAGAACAAGGCCUUGUCCCAAUCAGCCGUCUAGUGGGUACUGCUUGGAUUUUGCCGUUGGCACACUACAUUGAAUAGCCUCAGCUAUUAUUCCUGUCUCAGACGUGGUCCGGGCUGCCUCUAAACAAGACCCUGUUGUGUGCCCUGAAGACAUUGCAUCAUUUUGUUGUAAUUGUGGUGUUGAGUACACCGGCCCACUUGGAGCCAUGUUUGGAACAUGUUUCUGUGCCAUUUUGUGUAUAGUUAUUCAAGUUUUUGCCCCAAUUCAGAUGAUUGUUAGAAUUUUUUUGUGGUCUGUUUUUUCUUAAAAUGAAAACGUCUUCAUUGACAGAAAAUACACAUAAUAAACCCUCUACUCUUUUCAGAAUAACUUUCCCUCCUACAAACUGAAUGCCCCAAAAUGUUGAACAUUGCCUGCACUUUAUAUCCUCACAGUGUGAAGUCGGGUUGCAAUUCUAAGUCACUGAUGCUAUUGGUAUCAUAUAGACACAAUACCCCUGCUUAAAGGUUGAGACGAGUUUGAGUAGAUUUCUGUCGGUGACCACCCAAAUGAAUUGUAACUGCUAAAUAUUCUUGGCUGGUUGCCAGCUUGGUAUUCUUUAGAGGCAAACAUUGCUGUGUGUGUGUCUGAGCCAGGAAUCCCUCAGGUUUCAGGUAGUAAACACUUCUUUCAACAAAUAAAAUCAAGACCUGCGUGAAAUAACCAAACAUUGUUUUAAAACUGAUUAGUUUUGUCAAACUGUAAAAACAAAAAUGAAGUAAUUCCUUAUGAGUUUAACCUCAUCAUAAUAUUACACUUUCUAAACUUAUUUUUUUUUGUCCAAGCUGUACAGACUGCUAAUGAAUCCCAUAACUUAGAGUAAUCCGAUUGGUUCUCAGUCCACUGUUCUGAAGUAGUAAGCCCUGUCUGCAGAGCCUCCCAAUAUUAAAACAGCAGAAUAAUCCAUUUAUAUUUCUGGAGUUUGACAUUAACUGCCACUAGUGCACAUGUAAUACAUGCUCAGUCCUUACAUGCCACAGAAUUGAUCCACACACUAGCAAAUAAAAAGAAAUUGAGUCAAAUCUUGUUUUUGUUGUCAACAUUUUUUGUAGCAACACGAAAUUGGCCAAAAAAAGCAAAAAAAUGAAAGCCAACCAUGUUCCACCUCAAUCUCCUGCUUUGUACAUACGGGCAGAAAAAUCUGACUUCUCAAAGUCGAUUUUACCCAGGUCAAAAUAACAGCGAUCUGCAGACAUUCAUUGUUCUGUAGUUUUAUAAAUAUUUUAUUAACGACUGUUUUAAUUGGUGAAUUAGUUAUUAAUGAUAUAAAACAAGACAACAUUACACGACUUAAAUUGACCAUUAUUUUGUUUUUCUGAGGUUCAUUCAGUGAUUUUGUUACACUUAUUGUUCGUAGGACCAUUUAAUAAACCAGGACAAAAAAUA